AAACAUUUUGUUUUUCUUAGUUCUUUAUCCUCUAUUGUUGAACCCACUACUUUUUAUCAAGCUAUAAAGUUUCCUAAGUGGCAACAGGCUAUGCAAGCUGAGCGAACUGCUUUGGAAGACACCAACACAUGGUCUUUAGUCACUUUGCCACUAGAUAAAAAGCCUAUUGGAUGCAAAUGGAUAUUCAAAAUUAAAAGAAAAUAUGAUGGUAAUAUAGAACGAUACAAAGCUCGUCUUGUUGCCAAGGGUUUUACUCAAGUGGAAGGUGUUGAUUAUCAUGAUACAUUUGCACCAGUUGCUAAAAUAGUGACAGUGUGUGUUCUUUUAGCCAUUGUAGUUGUGAAACAGUGGCCUUUGCAUCAAUUAGAUGUCCGAAAUGCAUUUUUACAUGGUGAUUUAUAUGAAGAGGUUUACAUGACUUUACCUCCAAGGCAUCCUCAAAAGGGGGAGAAGGAUCUUGUCUACAAACUCCGUAAGUCUCUUUAUGGCUUAAAGCAAGCCUCACGCAUGUGGUUUGCUAAAUUUUCUGCUACUUUACUUGACAUGGGGUUUCAACAAUCUUAUGCAGAUUACUCACUAUUUACUUUGACCCAAGGUAUUUAUCUAUGCCAACGAAAAUACACUCUUGAUUUGCUUAAUGAUGCUAGUUUUCUGGGCACUCAAACUACUGAAACUCUUAUGGAACAGAACUUGAAACUUACCCCUUCUGAUGGUUCCUUAUUGGAAGACCCUUCACUAUAUCGGAGAUUAGUUGGUCGGUUAAUCUAUCUCACCAUUAUGCGACCGGACAUUUGUUUUGCUGUCAAUAUAUUAAGUCAGUUUAUGCAAUCUCCUCGGAAACCCCAUCUUGAUGCUGCUCAUCACUUGCUUCAUUACUUGAAGAAAACUCUUGGGCAAGGCAUUCUUCUUUCUUCUGGAAGUUCUCUUCAAUUACAAGCUUUUUGUGAUUCUGACUGGGUUAGUUGUGCAACAACUCGGCGUUCUACUAUAGGCUAUUUCAUCCUUCUUAGUGAUAGUCCCAUUUCAUGGAAGAGUAAGAAGUAGGGUACUGUGUCUCAUUCCUCAGUAGAGGCCAAGUAUCGGGCUAUGGCCAAAACCACUAGGAAGGUUGUUUGGUUGCGUGCUUUAUUCUCCACUUUUGGCAUUCAUCUCCCUCAUCCCACACCGCUCUAUUGUGACAAUCAAGCUACUCGACAUAUAGCAGAAAAUCCUAUGUUUCAUGAGUGGACCAAGCAUCUUGAAAUUGAUUGCCAUAUUGUUCGUGAGAAAUCCUUGGUUGGUGUUCUCUACCCCUUGCCGAUUUCUUCUUCCCAUCAACCUACAAGGCAUUGAGUAAAGACAGUUUUCAAUU